CCCACCCCACCCCACCCCCGGCCAUCUGCUGUGGACUGGAGAUUCCUCGCCACCGCUGAGCUGUGUUGAGGAGCGGACGGACUGACUGCAGAUUUCACGCUUUUAUUCCCAAUUGAAACCUCGAGUUCAUUUGGAGGAAUCCACACCUGCAUUUUGUCUCCUUUUUUGUGACUUGAUAUCCGGGUUUAUUUGUCCUGUAUCUGAGCUGAGAGCAGAUUAGCAGCAAAUAGGAUGGCUUCUGCAAACGACGCAAGAUAUGGACAGAAAGAUGCAUCAGAUCAGAACUUUGAUUACAUGUUCAAGCUGCUCAUUAUUGGGAACAGCAGUGUGGGAAAGACCUCGUUCCUCUUCAGAUAUGCUGAUGACACGUAUUCAUCAUCCUUCGUCAGUACUGUCGGCAUCGACUUCAAAGUCAAAACUGUUUAUAGAAACGACAAGAGGGUCAAGUUGCAGAUUUGGGACACAGCCGGACAGGAGCGUUACCGGACCAUCACCACGGCUUAUUACAGAGGAGCCAUGGGAUUCAUCCUGAUGUAUGACAUUGCCAAUGCAGAUUCCUACAGUGCAGUGCAGGACUGGGCCACCCAGAUCAAGACAUAUUCGUGGGAUAAUGCCCAGGUUAUCCUGGUGGGUAACAAGUGUGAUAUGGAGGACGAACGUAUAGUUCCUGCUGAGAAGGGCCGGCACCUGGCUGAACAGUUAGGCUUUGAGUUUUUCGAGGCGAGCGCCAAAGAUAACAUCAACGUCAAACAGGUUGAGCGUCUCGUGGAUGUCAUCUGUGAGAAGAUGUCAGAGAGCCUCGACACCGACCCCUCGAUGAUCAGCAACAAGAACACACGGCUGACAGAGAGCUCGCCCCAAACCCAGCAGAACUGCGCCUGUUAGUGACCUGCCAGCCCAGUAACCUCGCCAUUCCCUGCCCCGCUUUAAUCCUCAGUCAUCCCGUAGUUGCAUGUAAUUUGGGAAAAAUCAAUUUCUCAACCCUCCACCUCCCAUCCCACCCCACACACUCACUUCUUCCAUCUCUUUUCACUCCACA